UACACAUAGUUUCGUGUGUCUAUCUCCUCUCCUCUCCUCAGAGUGCACUUUACGAGAGAGAGAGAGAGAGUAUCUCUGCGCGCAUAAUUAGUACCGCCAGUUUCACGGUCCUUCUACAACCAAAAACCCAUUCACCAUCCACCACCUCCAUUUAAAAUCAUAUUUGUCUUCUUCCCCUAACAAGACAAACAUAAUCAUGGAGCAAGUGCAUUUGGUAAGUGACUACACCAAACCAAAUACAUGUUCCUUUUCAACCAUCAUGGAAGAAAUGAAAUCCCUAAUGAUGCUUGCUUUUCCAAUAGCCAUAACAGCUCUUAUUUUCUAUUCUCGUUCCAUGGUGUCCAUGAUGUUUUUAGGCUACCUAGGAGAACUUGAACUUGCAGCCGGUUCACUCGCCAUCGCCUUCGCCAACAUCACCGGCUACUCAGUUCUCUCCGGUCUCUCUCUCGGAAUGGAACCUCUCUGUUCACAAGCCUUCGGAGCAAACCGUCCUAAACUCCUAUCCUUAACACUUCAACGUUGCAUCCUCUUCCUAUUACUAUGUUCCAUUCCCAUUUCCUUCAUGUGGCUUAACAUGUCACAAAUCCUCAUUUGGUUGCACCAGAACCCAAAGAUCACAGCCAUGGCUCACACAUAUCUAAUAUUCUCUCUCCCUGAUCUCAUCACAAAUUCAUUCAUCCACCCUAUACGUAUUUACCUUCGUGCACAGGGAAUCACUCGCCCAGUUACAUUAGCCUCACUUGCUGGCACUCUCCUCCAUCUUCCUCUAAAUUACUUGUUUGUCUUUCACUUCGGUUUCACCGGAGUCCCAGCUGCCUCUGCAGCCUCCAACCUCUUCAUUGUAUUGUUCCUCAUCGCUUAUGUUUGGUUAACGGGCUUACACCGCACAACUUGGACAGCACCAAGUCAGGAGUGUCUCACCGGCUGGAAGCCUUUACUCCGACUUGCCACGCCAAGCUGCGUUUCCGUUUGUUUGGAAUGGUGGUGGUAUGAAGUAAUGAUCAUUUUAUGUGGUUUACUUGUGGACCCCACCGUUACCAUUGCUUCUAUCGGGAUUCUAAUUCAAACUACUUCAUUCAUUUAUGUCUUUCCAUCUUCACUUGGAUUCGCAGUUUCCACCCGUGUUGGAAACGAGCUAGGUGCUAACCGUCCUUUCCAAGCUAAGUUAUCAUCCCUGGUGGCAAUUUUCGUUGCUGUAAUUAUAGGUUUCUCAGCCACGGUUUUUGCCACAGGGAUGAGGUUUCGUUGGGGCAGAAUGUUUACUGCAGAUGAAAAUAUUCUUCGGCUGACUUCUUUGGCACUUCCAAUCCUUGGAUUGUGUGAACUUGGUAACUGUCCUCAGACGGUGGGUUGCGGUGUUGUUAGGGGAACAGCUAGGCCAGGUGUGGCGGCGAAUGUGAACCUUGGUGCUUUCUAUAUGGUGGGGAUGCCAAUGGCGGUAGUGCUUGCGUUUUGGUUUGACGUUGGGUUUCGUGGGCUUUGGUUGGGUUUGCUCUCGGCCCAGGUUUGUUGUGCUGGGUUCAUGUUGUAUGUGAUUGCGAUCACUGAUUGGGAUUUUGAAGCUAUGCGGGCCCACUUGCUUACUUGUGUGUAGUGAUGAUGGGAUGAUGAACGGCCAGAAACCGUUGUUGACUCGUAUUGUUGUUGAGCAAACGGUUGCUGAAAAUUAACGCCCAUACUAUUGCUGAUCAUGGUGUAAUUUCCCUAAGGAAAAAAAUAAUUA